AUGCAUUCCGCCGGUUGCGGCUGCAAGGAGGAACACGAACUUGGUGCCAGUUCCUCUUGUUUACGUGGACAGAUUAAUUUGGAAGCUGUACGCGUAUUUAACAGUGAUUCUCGUCCUGAGGACGGCAAAUUGGUAUUCAAACCGUACAACCAAAGGUUGUCUGAGGGCACACUCAGGAACGAUCCCACUUCAGACAUCGAGCUGCUAUUUACUAUUCCAUUCUUCAAUCCAAGCGAAAUAGCACACCUAUUGGUGGUGAAUGAAGGAGAGGAAGUUUUGGACGUCAAAUUAUACGUCAACCGCCCUCACUUUGACUUUAGUGACAUUGGUGUGGUUAAUCCAACCCUGGAAUUACAGAUUCCCCCGGAUAUUCACGGCUCUUUUUUGCACAAGCUCUCACUAACGAAGUUCAGAGACGUUACAGAUCUGGCUAUUUACUUUGCUGGUACGAAAUCCGUAAUUUUACGAUACAUUGGAUUACGGGGCAAGGCGAGAGUACAACAGGCGAAUGUGGUACAUGCCAAGUACGAGGUGGUACCUACCACUUCAUUUCAGGAGAGCCUUGAAGAAGUGAAGCAUCUUAGAUACGUCUGA